UUUCGAAWAUACGAUACAGAGACCUACGUACGUAAUAAAUAGAUGCAUACAAAUAUGAAAUAUGAAUGCAGUAAGCUCUAUUCUUUUCCUACAGUAAUGCCUCGAGUACGUACCGGUACGUACUUCUUGUAGUACCAGGUACUCGUACUAUUCCUGCCUUGACGGACGUACCGAUACCGGCACGAAGCUURUCGCGACGAAUGAAAAAUCCGAUGCUAGACAGAAAGUGUUAUCCCACAACACGCGCACUACUCGUAGACGGAACUACACCGAAUCAGAAAGGAUAUGGUCGUGAUCGUCGGAGCAGGGGUCGCAGGAGUAGCUACAGCAUACUAUCURAGUGUUAGCUCUGGGAAAACGCCGAUAACCUUAUUGGAUGCUGCUGGGCCUGCUGCCUGUUCGUCGGGAAAAGCUGGCGCAUUCAUUACCAAUCGACCUCCUUCGUUUCGGAGAGGCAUUGGCAAAGGCAACAAUGUUGACGACAAACGUCGAUUCCUCUUCGAGAAGUCGUUCGAACUCCACGAAGAACUGGCCAAAGAUUUGAGUCUUGAAUCAUUCUGUCGAGUUCACAACUAUCGAACGAUCCAAACGAAAGAGACAAAUGCCGAUGACAAAAACGAUAUUUCUUUCGAUGAUCCAGAAGACACACUGCAUUCGUGGUUGACUAGCCUUGGGGAGAAUGAAGGAGCAAAACCAUUAUCAGGAGCUGCGGCCCUACUUGAUCCGGCGGAACUCACCAAUGCCAUGCUUGAAAAAGUUUUGUCGCAAGGUAAUUGUUGCUUUCGACAAGCAAACAUUUCUGGUUUAGAACUCGAUUCCUCCGGACGCUUUAUCAAAGGAAUUCAACUAGAAAAUAGCGAGGAUGGGUCAGAAUCAAAGCCCAUCGUAAUCGAAGAAGACGAAGCCGUCGUAAUAGCUCUCGGUCCCUGGUCCUGUCGGAUAGAAGACUGGCUUGGAAUUCCCAUGCCAAUAGAGGGCGUACUMUCUACUUCUUUGAUAUACCAAGACGGGAUUCCUGCCUCGGACUCCGGUACGGCUUUCUUUUUCGAYGAGGAUUCUAAUGGUUGUCACUUGGAAGUAUUCGGUCGCAAGGAUCGAUCACUUUACGUUUCGGGUUGUGGAGAAUCUCAGGUCAUUGGCACCCGUUGCUUGCGAAGCACCGAACGACCGUCUCCUAACGUAGAUUGCCCACCGGAUGCGACUCGAGCCUCCGCCGCCAGGGCCAGCCUCGAAAAAGCUGGAUAUGAUCAUCGCUACUCUACUGAUAUCAGUGAAGGUAACCCUCAGCCCGACACAACGCAGGCUUGUCUACGUCCCAUGACGCCGGACAAUGUUCCUAUCGUCGGAAAACUAUUGGACAAUGCAUACAUCGCAACAGGAGGUGGCCCUUGGGGCAUAACAUGGGGUCCACUGAUGGGUCAGAGCCUGGCGUCCUUGAUCAAUGACGAUGGCGACCCACCAAUCCGUCUUGGCUUGCUCAGCCACAAGCGUUUUGAUACAUUGGUUUAUAGAACGCUCUUGAAAAGUCGAUCUUUCCCUGGUGUCAGUGCAACGACAUGAUUCGAUUUGUUGGUAACGAGUUUCAUCGUAGAGAGCGCUACUGUAAGCCUUCAAUUUACGCAACGUGAUGAGUAAUGCGUUCGCCCUUGUCCAGAUAAAUUCUUUUGCAACUA